AUGAGGACAAUGGCUUCGGACAGAGGUACAGGGAGGACGGCGCUGACCGCCCUGCGGAGGUCCGGGAGUAAGAGGACGCUGCUGCUGCUCUACGUGGCGCUGGAGCUGAUCGCUGUGCACUCGUCCGCGGUCCUGGGCACCCUGGAGCUGCAGCUGGACGAGGAGCAGCCGGCGGGCACCAUCGUGGGCGACAUCAGCGCCGGCCUGCCGCCGGGGGUCACCGCCUCGCUCUUCUUCAUCUCCGACCACGAGGGCACGGGCGUGGGCAGCGACCUGCACAUCGACGAGACCACCGGCAUCAUCAAGACCGCCAAGGUGCUGGACCGGGAGGUGAGGGACCGCUACAACUUCAUCGCCGUCACCAUGACGGGCGUGACGGUGGAGGUGACCAUCGUCGUGAACGACAUCAACGACCACACGCCCACCUUCCCCAGGAAGAGGGCCACCUUCACCAUCCCGGAGCAGACGGCCGUUGGGACCAGGUUCUCCCUGGAUCCAGCCUCCGACGCAGACAGAGACCAGCUGACCACGCAGGGCUACCUGAUCAAGGACGGGAACGUGGACCAUGCUUUCCUCCUCGAGACCCGGAGGGGAAACAACAAAGUGCUCUACCUGGAUUUGGUGGUCAAUGCCAUCCUGGACAGAGAGAAGAGGUCGUCCUACACCUUGCUCCUGGAAGCCUUUGACGGCGGCUCCCCCAAGAAGACUGGACAGAUGAUCCUGGACGUGACCAUUCAGGACGUCAACGACAACGCGCCCGUCUUCAAUCAGAGUCGCUACCACGCCACUAUCUCGGAGAACCUGCAGCCCGGCAGCAACAUCCUGCAGGUGUUCGCGUCGGAUAUGGACCAGGGCGCAAACGGACAGGUGCUGUACGAGAUCAACAGGAGGCAGAGCGACCCAGAGCACUACUUUGUCAUCGACCCCCACUCGGGCGUCAUCACUCUCAACAAGCCCCUGGACUACGAGAUGCGGAAGGUUCACGAGCUGGUGGUGCAGGCGCGGGACAACGCCAGCCACCCGGAGGUCACCAACGCCUUCGUCACGAUCCAGGUGCGCGACUACAACGACAACCAGCCCACCAUGACCAUCAUCUUCCUCAGCGAGGACGGCUCGCCCCGGAUCUCCGAGGGGGCCCAGCCCGGCCAGUACGUGGCCCGCAUCUCCGUCACCGACCCCGACUACGGCGAGUACGCCAACGUCAACGUGUCGCUGGAGGGCGGAGACGGCAAGUUCGCCCUCACCACCAAGGACAACAUCAUCUACCUCAUCUGCGUGGACCAGAUCCUGGACCGCGAGGAGCGGGACUCGUACGAGCUGCACGUGAUGGCCACCGACUCCGGCACCCCGCCCCUCAGGGCCGAGUCCUCCUUCACCAUCCAGGUGACCGACGUCAACGACAACCCGCCCGUCUUCGACCGGCCGGAGUACCGGCAGGCCGUCCCGGAGGCGGUGCAGGCCGGCAGCUUCGUGCUCCAGGUCACGGCCCGGGACAAAGACCAGGGCCCCAACGGCGACAUCCGCUACAGCCUCCUGCAGGACCGCGGGACUCACUCUGACUGGUUCGCCGUGGACCCCCUGACGGGGAUAAUCACCACGUCUGCGCGGCUGGAUUACGAGACGGACCCCAGGCCCAGCGUGACCGUGGUGGCUUCAGACGGGGGGCGCCCUCCCCUCUCCUCCACCGCCGUGGUCCACGUCCUCUUGCAGGAUAUAAACGACAAUGAGCCUGUUUUCGGGAGCAACUUCUACAACGUGACCAUCAAGGAGAACGCGCCUGCCGGGACGUGCUUCCUCCAGGUGACGGCGACCGACGCGGAUGGCGGCUCUUUCGGAACUCUGACGUACUCCAUGGGCUCGGGCAUCAGCGGCACCCCCCCCUCCCAGUUCACCGUCGACAGGGAGACGGGUCAGAUCUGCACCUCCGAGGGGCUGGACCGAGACCAGGGCCCGCCCAGCUACGACUUCACCAUCACCGCCGUGGAUGGGGGUGGUCUGAGCUCCGUGGCCUAUGUGAAGGUCUCCCUGCAGGACAUCAACGACAACGCGCCCAGCUUCUACCCGCUGCAGUACGCCGUCAGCCUGAGUGCCCAGAGCCCGCCCGGGGCCUCCGUCGUCAAGGUGACGGCCCACGACCCCGACGUGGGGAAGAACGGCAGGGUGACGUAUCGCGUUGUUCCGGGGAGCGGCUCCAGCUACUUCACCCUGAACAAAGACACAGGCGUGGUCUCCCUGUCGCGCUCUCUCCACGGGAAGGCGAACUCCGUCAUCGCCCUGGUGAUCUCGGCCCAGGACGGGGGCGGGCUGGCGGCCCCGGUGAACGCGCGGGUGAACAUCAGCGUGGUGGCGGGCUCCGUGGCGCCCCCCGUGUUCGAGCAGGCGCAGUACUUCUUCACCGUGUCCGAGGACGUCCUGCGCGGCACCCACGUGGGCGUGGUCAGGGCCAGCAGCAGGAGCGGGGCCUCUAAGGACAUCACCUACGCCAUCUACUCCGGGGACCCGGACGGGUGCUUCACGGUGGACCCCGAGACGGGCGCCCUGCGGACCAGCCUGCCCCUGGACCACGAGGCGCGCCCCGCCCUGGAGCUGGAGGUGCAGGCGCGGUCGGGCUCCCCCCCGGCGUUCGGCCGCGCGCGCGUCCGCGUCACCGUGUCCGACGUCAACGACAACGCCCCCGCCUUCCUGCCCUCCUCCUCCGAGUCCCUCCUGCUGCCCGAGGCCACCGCCAUGGGGGCGGUGGUGUACCGCGCCCGGGCGGAGGACCGCGACUCCGGGCCCAACGGGCGGCUGAGCUUCGACCUGCUGGCGGACGGGGCGGGGCCGCGGCCCUUCGCGGUGGACCGGGCGAGCGGGGAGCUGCGCCUGACGGGGGCGCUCUCGUACGAGCGGGCUCCGCGGUACGACCUGCUGCUGAGGGCGCGGGACGGAGGGGCGCCCCAGCUCAGCGCCACGCUCACGCUGGCCGUGCACGUGCAGGCGCGCGACGCGCUGGGCCCCGCCUUCGACACGCACGCGUACCGGGCGGAGCUGCGCGAGGACACGCCCCUGGGCGCGCGCUUCCUGCAGGUGCGGGCGCUGAGCCGCGAGGCGGGCGGGGCCGGCGGGGGGCCGCUGGAGUACCACCUGCGGCCGGACGGGGACGCGGCGGGGUUCGGCGUGGCCCCGGAGAGCGGCUGGCUGUUCGUGAAGAGCGCCCUGGACCGCGAGGCCAAGGACCUGUACCUGCUGACGGUGCUGGUGACCUCCGGCAGCGGGGCGCUCAGGAGGACGGGCAGCGCCUCCGUCAGGGUCUCGGUCACGGACGUGAACGACAACGCGCCGCGCCUCUCUCAGGAGCGCGUCUUCCUGGCCGUGCGGGAGAACCGCCCCCCGGGGAGCGGCUUCGGCAGGGUCUCUGCCUCCGACCGCGACGCAGGGCCCAACGCCCAGCUCACCUACCGCCUCCUACACCCCGACAAACACUUCCACAUCAACGCACACACAGGGGAGAUCAGCACCAGGCUGGCCCUGAACAGGGAGCAGCAGUCGGGGUACCAGCUGGUGGUGGUGGUGCAGGACGGGGGCACGCCCUCCCGCAGUGCCACGGGCACCGCCCACAUCACCGUGCUGGACGAGAACGACAACGCCCCCACCUUCACCCACAGCCAGGCGGGGAGGGAGCUGCUCCUGCAGGUGAUGGAGGGCCAGCAAGCCGGCUCUGUGCUGGGGACAGUGCAGGCAAAAGACCCGGACGAGGGAGAGAACGGAACCGUCUUCUACUCCCUGUCAGGUCCCAGGGCUGAGCGUUUCUCCCUGAGCCCCAGUACAGGAGAGCUGUGCUCGUCCUCCCCCCUGCUCCACUCAGAGAGAGCUGAGUACUCCUUCACUGUGACCGCCACCGACCACGGCCUGCCGCCCCAAAGCUCCUCAACCUCCCUGCGCAUCCAGGUGCUCAGCUCGAGCAAGUCUACUCCAAAACCCAAUUCUAUAUCCAUGAAAAUCAACUCAGAGGAGGGCGCCAAACCGGGCUCCGUGAUUGGCUCCGUCAUGUCACCUGACAAGCAGCGGGCGCCCGAGGCAGGUCAGGUGACCUACGUGGUGGUGGGAGGCACGGACCGGGACGGGACGUUCAUGGUGGACCGCCUGACGGGGGACGUGUACCUGGCGCGGGAGCUGGACUACGAGCAGGGCGCGCGCUACACCCUGCACAUCGAAGUGGACGACUUCUCCACCGCCUACCCCAGCAGCCACCUGGUGCAGCUGGACAUCGAGGUGCAGGACGGCAACGACCACUCGCCCACGUUCCCCGAGGACCCCGUCACCAUCGUGGUCCCGGAGAACAUGGAGCCCGGCUCCUCGGUCUACACCUUCCAGGCGGAGGACCUGGACGGGAGCGGGCCCAACAGCGAGGUCCGCUACUCCAUCCAGCACCGCUGGCCCGACGCCCCCGACCUGCUGCUCCUGGACCCCGUCACCGGGGUCCUGACCCUGGGCGGGGUGCUGGACCACGAGGCCGCCUCCUCCCUCCUCCUGGUGGUGCGGGCCACGGACUCCGCCCUGGACCCCGCCCAGCGGCGCUGGGGCUCGGUGACGGCGCGCGUGUUCGUGACGGACGAGAACGACAACGCACCCGUCUUCAGCUCGCCCGCGGCCGUCAGCGCCAUGGAGGACCAGCCGCCGGGCUUCGUGGCGCUGUACGUCAUGGCGCGGGACGCCGACCGCGGGGAGAACGGCCGCGUCUCCUACCGCAUCCUGGCCGGGAACGCCGGGGGGACGUUCAGCCUCAACCCCGACACCGGUUCUCUGUCCAUCCUCAAGCCCAUGGACCGCGAGCAGCAGGAGCUGUACAACCUCACCGUCGUCGCCGAGGAUCACGGGACGCCGCGGCGGUCCGCCACGCAGCUGCUGACGGUGCAGGUGAUCGACGUGAACGACGAAGCCCCGCGGUUCCAGCAGACCGAGUUCCAGGCCGAGAUCUUGGAGAACCAGCCGCCAGGAUCCCCAGUGCUGACCGUGUCUGCCUCCGAUCCGGACCAAGGGACCAACGGCCUGGUCACCUACGGAGGCAUAGCAGAGAAGGGCUUCGUCAUCGAUCCGGUGACGGGCAUCAUAUCGGCCACCCGCCCCCUGGACAGGGAGCUGCAGGACCACUACACUGUUACAGUGUACGCCAAAGAUGGCGGCCUGCCGCCGAACUUCGCCAAGGCGACGGUGAGGAUCGCGGUGCUGGACGAGAACGACAACGCCCCCGCCUUCGGGCGGCACCACUACGCCCUGGAGGUGCCCGAGAACCUGGGGCCGGUGGAGCUGUUCACCCUGAGGGCCAGGGACCAGGACACGGGCACCAGCGGGGAGGUGGAGUACCGCAUCACAGCCGGAGACCCUGCGGGUGAUUUCCGGCUGGAUAGGCGCUCGGGCGUGCUCUCCACGGCGAGGGCCCUGGACAGGGAGCUGACGGGCCGGUAUUCCCUGACGGUGGUGGCCCAGGACCGGGGCAAGCCCCCGCUCAGCAGCUCCGCCACCGUGGACGUGUCGGUGCUGGACGUCAACGACAACAGCCCCCGCUUCGCCAGCGCCAGCCACACGGCCGAGGUGCCGGAGGACGCCCCCCCGGGGGCCCUGGUGCUGCAGGCCACGGCGGCCGACGCCGACGCGGGCCCCAACGGCGCGGUGCUGUACUUCCUGAGCGGGGAGGCGGGCGGCGUGUUCGCCGUGGACCCGGACACGGGCCGGGUCAGCACCGCGGCGCCGCUGGACCGGGAGAAGCGCGCCUCCUACAGCUUCCGCGUGUGCGCCACGGACCUGUCCCCAGCCGGGCCCCGCAACUCCAGCGCCAUGGUGACCGUCCACGUGCUGGACGUCAACGACAACGCGCCCUUCUUCGUGCAGGACCCGCUGGUCAUCAACGUGUCCGGCCGCACGGUGGUCGGCCGGCAGGUGGUGGCCACCAUGAGGGCGGAGGACAGGGACUUCGGGGCCAACGGCUCGGUGUUCUACCGGUUCGCCGGGCCGGCGCCGGGCUUCUCCAUAAACGCCCUGACGGGGGACAUCCAGGUGAGCGAGCGGCACCAGGCCCUGUCCCAGAGCCAGCGCACCCUCAUCGUGGAGGCCAUGGACCAGGGCAGCCCCGCCCAGUCCUCCCUGGGGGUGGUGCUCGUCUACGUGCGGGAGCAGGAGUACAGGGGCAUCCGCUUCUCCCGAAACGCCCGGGACGUCAGCCUGCAGGAGAACGCCGCCAAAGGCACAGCGGUGGUGCAGACCCUGGCUCAGUACCCCGACGGCUCCCGCGGUGGGAUCAGCUACAGCAUCUUCAGCGGGAACAGGCUGCAGUCCUUCCGCAUCAGCAGCACCACAGGUGAGAUCUGGGUGCAGAGCUCCACUGGCCUGGACUUUGAGGAGAACCCCAGACUCCGCCUAGUGGUGAAAGCUGAUACAGCAUCCUCCAGCUCCUACAUGGCUGUCAACCUGAUCCUGCAGGAUGUCAACGACAACCUUCCCCGAUUCCAGCUGCAGAACUACGUCGCGUACAUCCGAGAGUCCCAGGGCUACGAUUUCCCCAUCAUUCAGGUUCUGGCGGAUGACCUCGACCAGGGUCAGAAUGGUCAGGUGACCUACUCCAUCAAGUCCUCUGGCAUGAGCAGCCUGUUCAAGAUCGACCCCCUGACUGGCAGCAUCAGCACGGCCGCCAUUAUGGACCGGGAGAUCUGGACCCAGACAAAGCUGGUUGUCACGGCAACGGACAGAGGCAGCCCCAGACUGGCGGGCUCUGCCACGCUGACGGUGAUCAUCGUGGACCUGAACGACAACAGUCCGACGAUCCCUCUGCCCCGCGAGAUCCGCGUGCCGGAGAACACGCUGAUUGGCACAGAGAUCACCCAGGUGACGGGGAACGACGUGGACUCGGGCCCCGCCCUGUCGUACACGCUGCGGCCGGACGCCCACGGCCUGGGGAAGUUCGGCAUUCACCGCUACGGAGGGGCCGUGUCCCUGACCGGCGCGCUGGACUUCGAGGAGAGGACCUGGUACACCCUGACCGUGCGCUCCUCCGACUCCCGGCACCAGAGCGAGGCCAACCUGACCGUGCUGGUGGAGGACGUGAACGACAACGCCCCGGUCUUCACCCAGGACCUGUACCAGGUAACGCUGCUGGAGCAUUCCUCGCCAGGCAGUCCGGUGGUCACGGUAACCGCCACGGACCGGGACUCGGGGGAGAACGGCAAGGUCACCUACAGAGUGAUGUCAUCAACAAAGGACGGCUUUUACAUUGACCCCAGCAAUGGCACCCUGUUCUUCAGCCAGAAGGUAGAGUUUGAUCCCAAGGGACCAUCCAUCACCGUGGUGAUCGAGGCCCGGGACGCCGGCACCCCAGCCCUGUCCUCCAUCACCACCGUCCAGGUUCUGGUGUCCGACAUCAACGACAACGCCCCGCUGUUCCCCCAGUCCGAAUACUGGGCCACGGUGGCGGAGGACAGCCUGCCGGGGGCGACCAUACUGACCCUGGAGGCUGUGGACGGGGACCUGUCCCGCGAGAACUGCGGCUUCGACUUCGCCAUCGCCAGCGGCAACGUGGGCGACGUCUUCCAGGUGGAGAGCAGUGUGCGCUUCCUGGAGGGCCGGGGCUUCCAGACGGUGGGCACGCUGAUCCUGGUGGACGGGCUGGACUUCGAGGCGACGCAGCGCUACAACCUGACCGUGGUGGUGUCGGACCGCGGGGUGCCUCAGCGCAGCUCCAGCGUGUCGGCCGUGAUCACGGUCACCGACGCCAACGACAACCCGCCCGCCUUCGUCCGGGCGGAGUACGCCAUGGCUCUGAGCGAGGGGGCGACCGCCGGCACCGAGGUCCUGCGUCUCACGGCGACUGACCCCGACUCCGCCCCCAACGCCGACAUCCGCUACGCCAUCAGCUCCGGGGACGACACGGGGCUCUUCAGCGUCGACCUGGACACCGGCUCCCUCCGGCUGCAGCGAACCCUCGACCGCGAGAGACAGCCUCACCACACCAUCAUUGUGCAGGCCUCAGAUGGUCAGGGGCACUACGCUCUGGCCCCCGUCACCGUGGAGGUCAAAGACGUCAACGACAACAGGCCUUACUUCCCCCUGAAGACUCUUACCGCCAGCAUUCGCGAGAACCGGCCGGCCAACGCCCCGGUCACCGUGCUGCACGCCAUAGACUAUGACAGGGGCGUGUACGGGCAGCUGCGCUACUACAUGGUGGACAAGGCUGGCGCAGGGAAGGAGUCCUUCCUCAUCAACCAGACCUCAGGGGAGGUGCGAGCGCGCCUGACGUUUGACUUUGAGAAGUCCAAUUCUUUCAGCUUUGUGGCUCUGGCCAUGGACAUGGGGAACUACUCUGCGACGGUGACCGUGCAGGUCUACGUGACCGGAGAGGACGAGUACGACCCGGUCUUUGCUUCCUCGGAUUUCUCCUUUGAGGUGCCGGAGGGGGCCAGGAAAGGGCAGAGCAUCGGGCAGGUGCAGGCCAAGGACGAGGACGGGGGCGUGGACGGGAUCGUGCUGUACUCGCUCGCCGAGAGCUCGCCCUACUUCGAGGUGAACAGGACCACGGGCGUCGUCUCCCUGAAGAUGGACAGUUCCGGAAGGCACGGCGGCUCGGGACGCUCGAAGCGGGAGGUGCGGCAGAUGGCGCUGGACGUGACGGCGUGCGGCCCCCUGGAGACCUCCCGCUCGGCCUCCACGCGCCUCACCAUCGACGUCACCCGCACCUCCUUCGGCCUGGCCACGGAUGUCAACGUCCUGCUGGUCAGCGCGGUCGCCGCCUCCCUCGGCGCCAUCGUCAUCCUGGCGGUCAUCGCGGUCGCCCUCUUCCUGGCCAGCUCCCGCCGCCGCAAGAAGGAGCGGGAGGCCCGCAACCGAGCGAACGCCCCCGGCACCGUCCUCCACAAGCUGGAGGAGGCCAAAGUCCCGGCAGGGAGCGACAGGAUCUACCACCAGACCUUGCCCGGGUAUGCCAGCGUCCAGACCGCGUCGAGCGUGGGGCCCUACACCCGCGGGGGAUCCCUGGACCCUUCCCACUCCAGCGGGCGGGGCUCGGCGGAGGCGGAGGCGGCGGAGGAUGACGAAAUCCGAAUGAUUAACGAGUACCCGCGCGUCUCGAGCAUCUCCUCCUCCAUGCAGGAGCACAUCUCCGCCCGAGGGCCCGACUCGGGCAUCCAGCAGGACGCCGACCAGCUCUCGGACAUCUCCUGCGAGCCCGGCAUGGAGGCGGGGCAGUGGUUCAAGGGGAAGAAGUUGGGAAGCCUGAGUGGGACCCUGCUGUCCGGCCAGCACCCCAUCUACCGGGACGAGGGCGGGGGGUACCUGGGGGUGGGACGGGGCCUGAACAUCUCCCACCCCAAGGACUACGCCUUCCCCGAGGACGGCAAGCCGGCGGUGGACGGCUCGCUGACCGCCAUCGUGGCCAGCGACGAGGAGCUCCGCGGCAGCUACAACUGGGACUACCUGCUCAACUGGUGCCCGCAGUUCCAGCCCCUGGCCAACGUCUUCACCGAGAUCGCCCGGCUCAAGGACGAGAACGCCCCGCCCAGCAACCCCCGGAGACCCUUCCAGCCAAAGGCCAAGGCUGACCCCAAGCCUCGCAUAGACCCGCCGCCGCUCAUCACCUCCGUGGCCCACCCGGGGGCCAAGUCGGUGCCCCCAAAACCCGCUGUCGGGAGGACGUUCCCCCACCUGGCGUCCUUGCGCCGGUCGCCCAUCAGCCACGAGGGCUCCAUCUCCUCGGCGGCCAUGUCGCCGAGCUUCUCCCCGUCGCUGUCCCCGCUGGCCACCCGCUCCCCCGCCGUUUCCCCCUUCGGGGUCACCCAGGGGCCCUCGGCCUCCGUGAUCAGCACCACCGAGCACUCCCUCGAGCACAGCGAGGAGGCGGAGCUCAGGAUUUAA